AUGAAAAAGGAAGAGGCAAUCAAACACAGACAAGCAGUCAUUAAACAAAUACAAGAAAAGGAACAGGAACGCAUCAGACAGAGACAAGAGCUUUUCAAGGAAAUAGAAAUUAAACUGGCAGAGCUCAAUGAGCAGCUGCUGCGCUCGAAGAAGGAGGCACUCGAGGAGCAGCGUGAUGCAGACCGCAAGGUUGAAGAAUAUAUGCGUCGGAAGGCAGAGCGUGAAGCAGCUGUCGAGGAAGAACUACGACUGCAGCGGCUGGCCAGAGAACGUGAGAUAGUACAACUGCGGACAAUGCAGGAGCGUGCUCAGGGGCUGGAGGCAGAGCAGGAUGAGAUGAAGGCCCAGAGAGCACAGGAUGAGGUCGAACGAGAAUGGCGCAGAAAGGAAUUAGAAGCAUCUCGUAGGAAAGCUAAAGAGGAGGAUGAUCUGAAGAAAGCACGGGCAGAGCAAAUGCUUGACAGGAGGAGAACUAUAGCCAGAGAGAAGAGAGAGUUUGAACGCAUUGUAAAAGCACAGAGAGAAUGGCAAGAAGAAGAUGAAAGACAGGACAGAAUGAAAAAGGAAGAGGCAGACUGGGAUGCUGAUGCCAGCUGCGACGUUCAUAGCAUUGAGUAA